AUGCGCUUCCUGUGGGCAUUAUCAGCACUGGCUUUCUCGGCCGAAGCCACCAAAACAACAGGAUGUCCUCUGUUGGGACCUGCAUUCCCAGCACCUACUGCUUUGUCAAAGGAUCCCACAUUUCUCAGAAAAGCUGGAGAAUUGACCUCGAAGCUCAACCAAGCUAUCCAUAAUGGAAGCUUACCUUCCAUAUCGUUCGCGGCGCAGGUCUUCAGCAGUGAAGAGGAGGAUACAGCAUUUGGUUUCUACCACACAGAUCCUCCAGUGAGAGUUGGAUCUGUGGGGGUAAAGGAGGUAGAUGAGAACAGCAUGUUCCGCAUUGGAAGUAUAUCAAAGCUGUGGACUAUGUUUCUCUUCAUGACCUUUGAAGGGACACGGUACUUCCACGAGCCCGUUUCGAAAUACGUUCCCGAACUGCGAACAAAUUACACCGCAAGACAAGCAAAAGAUUCAAUUAACUAUCUAAAAUGGAGCGAUGUGACUAUCGGCGAACUGGCUAGUCACCAAGCGGGCCUUGCAAGAGACUAUGCAUUUGGAGAUCUCAGCUUUCAGCCGAAACUGAUGCAGACCAUGGGAUUCCCUUCGCUGCCCCAAAAAGAGAAGAUGACUUGUGGGAAUCAGCAUCAGUGUAAUAGGAAAGACUUUUUCCAUGGCAUUCUACGAUCAAGCCCCUUGGCUUCGACCUCACACACACCAAUCUAUUCGAACGCAGGAUAUCAAAUUCUUGGCUACGCAUUAGAGUCAAUCGCAAAAGCCGACUACAAAGACAUAUUAAUGGACCGUCUUAUCAAGCCACUCAACUUGACUCGGUCCUGUCUUCAAGCCCGAGACCCCAGCUUGGCCGUUAUUCCCUACAAUGAAACAGCCAGUUGGUUUGGCUAUGAUAUUGGCGAAGAAGCUCCUGCUGGGGGCAUUUUCUCUUCCGCAAAGGAUAUGGCUACUUUCGGCCGUGCUGUUCUUUCCAGCUCCCUGGUUGACCCUGCCGUGACAAGACGGUGGAUGAAGCCAUUAACACACACCUCAUCCCUGCAACAUUCCGUCGGCGCCCCCUGGGAAAUUUAUACAUUUUUGACACCCCGACGGGUCGAUCUCUACACCAAAGCCGGCGACAUCGGAAUGUAUUCCAGUAUGAUGGGUCUUUCACCAGACCACAACACCGGUAUCACGGUUUUAGUUGCCGGUAGUGACUCUCACAAGAUGACAGCGACGAUCUCGGAGAUGGUUUCCGACAUUAUGCUUCCCGCGCUCGACGAAGUCGCUAAAAAGCAAGCUCUCAAACGAUUUGGGGGUACAUAUGCCUUGAACAGAGGUUCUUCUCAUUCCUCGAUUACCAUCACCGCUGAUGACGGGGCUGGCUUGGUAGUCUCGGAAUGGAUCAGCAAUUCGGUCGAUAUGAUCGAGACUUUGAUGAGUCUGCAAAAAGUGACGGAUCGCUCUAAGAUAAGCAUUCGUCUACAGCCUAGCGGCCUGGAGACCCCAGGAAAGAUCUCCUUCUUGGCUGUUAUCUAUUCUCUUCCUGUGUCGCAAGAUGCGGGACCCAUUGCCGGAUCCUGCUUUUCGUGGAUUUUGCUCGAGUCCAUGGUUUAUGGCAACGUGGGUGUCCCGGAAUUUGAUUUCACACUUAAUCAUGAUGGGAAUGCGACGAGCUUAUCCCCUCGGGCGUUGCGUGUUACUCUUCCUAGGGUCUAA